CAUACACACAUUCAGCAAAAACAAACAAGAUCGUUUCCUUUCCCCUCCGAAGAAAGACCAUUAUAAACGUACGUUGUAGGUCUAUGAAGAUAUGAAUUGUGAUUGAGGAUCUUGAAGAAAUUGUUAUUGUAUAUAAUGGAGAGAAGAAAACCUUCCAGGGGAAUGCCACUGUUUGUCGAUGAAGAAACUGACCAACUUAUUCACCCAUAUAACAAUCCAUUGUCAAAAGGAAGGGAAUAUUGGGAAGCCAAGGGAAUUUACUACAGGUAUGGGAAAUGGACUUAUGAAGAGAAGGAAAAACUGCUAGAAAAUUGGAAUUGGUAUCUAGAAAAAUAUGAAUCUGCUUUCAAAAACCAUUUAGAUUUACUAGACAGGAGAAGAAAUAAGGAUUUGAUUACUCUGAUGGAAUUGACAGAUUUCUUUAAGGUUAUUGCAAGGUCAUUAAAUAGAACAACUUGUUCUUGUUACUUGAAACUUCGACGAGAUAUACAUACAAUUACUUUGAAACAUGGAUACUAUUCUGAAUUAGAAAUGAAGAAAUUAAAAAAACUGUCAAGAAAAUAUGAAAACAAAUCAUGGAAAUAUCAGUUUAUUGCUGACAAAAUGGGACGUGACCGCGUGUCAAUACAGAACAAAUUAAUUCAUCGGAGUAAAACAGUAAAGAGUGGAUCUUGGACUGUGGAAGAAGAGGAAGACUUAUUUAAAGCAGUACGAGAAGUAACUGGUUUACAACACUUGAAUGAAAUAAAACAACUGGUAAUUCCUUGGAGGAAAGUAGCAAAGCUAGUACCCACUAGACAUGAACAACAAUGCAGGCAACAUUUCAUUCUCUUUAAACGUUUAAAGCAUCAAAACAUUGAUGAGAAUGCUAGUUGUUUGAAAAGAUGGCAAAAAGAAGAGACACAUCGGUUGAUAGAUAUUUUAUCCAAUGGAGACUAUUCUUUUGAAACUGAUAUUGAUUGGAAUGAAGUUAAUCAAUCAUUUGUCGAUGUCAGUCCAUCAGCAAUGUACAUACAAAAACAGUUCUACAUUCUGAAAAGUGGUAUACCAGACUUCCAUAGAAAAUCUUUUUCUGAUUUGUUGGAAGAAAUUAGUUCUAGUCAUAAACACUAAUCAAGUUAAUAAUUAAUAGGUCUGGACAAUUAUACAUGCACAUGAGUAAUUAAAAGAUAUAUUAAUUCUGAUUUAUUUCAUAAAGGGUUCAUAUUUUUUUGGAAAGAAAUUUGUUGAAAAAAAAAAUAAAGCAACGAAUGAUAUCUAUCAGAGAAAAUGAAAUGUGUUCUGCAACCUGCAGUUGUAUCAAGCUGCAGUAAACAAAGCAUUUUAUUUGUUGUUGGAAUGAAUGAAAUAUUAGAAGUUUGAAAAAUCUUGAUGAGAUAAACCCUUAUAAAAGAGUUAGAUAACAGAAAAACAUUAAAAUAGUCAAGAUCAUAAUUUAAUGAAAAUUUCAGAGAUUGCAUUGUUUUUAAAUUUUGGUUUCCAGAUCUAGAUGUUAUCUUUUGAACUUUAUGUUGAUGACCUUGGUUAAAUACACUGACGUUUGAAUUGAGAAAAAACCUGUUUGUUUAAUUGUCAAAACAGAAUUUAUUUACCAGCUACUUAUGGAAUGAAAUUUGGGCAAAAAUGUUACCUUUAAAUUUUUUUUAUGUUUUGAAUUAAUUUUUACCAAAUACCACACUUUAAUUAUGAAUAUUGUGGGAUCCUGCUCUAUUUGGCAGGCUAUUUCUCAUGGGUUUUGCUUUUACAGGCAGUGAAUAAGUUUUUCCUUCCAGUAUGCCUUCCCAUGGAAAAAGUUUUGAAUUAGAAAUUAAGUCUGUAAUUUGAUAAUGGUCUAUUGUACCAACAAGUUUUUUGUUUAUUUUAGGUCAAAAUGAUCAGUUGGUAGAUAACUAAACCCCUUUUUAGCUUAUCUGGGCAAAACAUUUUCAUAUAUAUGGGGUAUUUAGUUUGUAAAAUGUGUCUGGUGAUCUGGCAAACCAAACAAGAUGGCCACCAUGGCUAAAAAUAGAACAUAAGGUUAAAAUAAAGAUUUAGGCUUAUAUCAAUGAAACCAAAGUAUUUAGAUAUAGAGCAAAUCUGUCAUGGGGUAAAAUUGUUUAUCAGAUCAAGAUCCAUCUGCCCUGAAAUUUUCAGAUGAAAAGGACAACCCGUUGUUGGGUUGCUGCCCCUGAAUUGGUAAUUUCAAGGAAAUUUGGCUGUUUUUGGUUAUUAUCUUGAAUAUUGAUAGAGAUAAACUGUAAACAGCAAUAAUGUUUAGCAAAAUAAAUCUACAAAUAUGUCAACAUGACCAAAAUGUUCAGUUGACCCCUUGAGGAGUUAUUGCCCUUUACAGUCAAUUUUUCAAAAAUUUUGAUUAUCUUUUACAAAAAUCUAUUCCUCUGAAACUACUAGAAUAAAUUUAGCCAAACUUGUCCACAAUCAUCAUUAGGGUAUCUAGUUUAAGAAAUAUGUGUGAUGACCCUGCCCGUGAAACCAAGUUGGCCUACUUGGCUAAAAAUAGUAUAUAGGUUAAAACACAGUUUUUGGCUCAUAUCUCUUAAACCAAAGCAUUUAAGCAAAUUUGAUGAGGAUAAAGUGUUCAUGAUCUAUCUGCCUUGAAAUUUUCAGACCAAUCAGGCAACCUGUUGUUUGAUUGCUGCCCCUGAAUUGGUAAUUAUUUAGAAAAUUUUGCAGCGUUUGGUUAUUAAACGGUUGAAAAAUAUUUUUUUUGGAUUGUAUAAUGGCUUCCAGGCAAUGACUUAUGUGUAAUUGUAUGGAUCUCUCUGAAAUUGUACCACAAUGUUCCAUAUAACAAAGGGGAGGCUGGGAUUGAGUUUUGGGUUAAUUGCCCAAAGCAUGUAAGUUUCUAGUUUCCAGACAAUAACUUGUGUUUAAAAGGUAUGAAUCUCUGAAAUUGUACUACAAGAUUAUAAAUUGUAAACAGCAAUUAUAUACAGCAAAAUAAGAUCUACAAAUAAGUCAACAUGAUCAUAAUAGUCAAUUGAUCCUUAAAGGAGUUAUUGUCCUUAAUAGCCAAUUUUUAACAAAUUUUGUACAUUUUUAAUAAAUAUUUUCCACUGUCACUACUGGGACAUGUUCAAUAUAGAUAGAGAUAAUUGUAAGCAGCAAGAAUUUCAGUAAAGUAAGAUCUACAAACAAAUCACCAUGGCCAAAACUCAAUUUUGUUAUCAAUCUAUCUGUGUCCUUUGUCUAAUAUACACAUAGACCAAGGUGAGGGACAUGAACUCUUGGGAGCCUCUAGUUGUUCUACUCUUAUUAAAUUUUCUUCAUUUUCAACAGUUUGCAAGAUAUUAGACAUUUUUAGUCUUCAUCGCCAGUUUGUUGGCGACAGAAUCAUAAGACACAUAUUUUGUUGUGGAAGUUCAGGUUUAGUCUGCCAUGGAAUUGUAUGUACAUGCAUGAACAGGUGUUUACAGUUUGCAUUCAAAUUCUGUCAUAGAUUAUUAUUUUUUUGUUUCCCAUAGGAGGGGCAUACAUGUUACAUGUGUUCAUUGAUAUAUGUUCAGAUUGCAAAAGAAGCACAUUUGGUUGUUUGUAAGAUUUUAUAUAGUUUAAUACUAAUAGCAUUGUUCAUUUGUUAAGCUUAAAACAGUAUGUAUCAAUAAUUAUUUUACAUUAAUAAACUGGUAACACAGAGA